CGAGAUGCGGAGAGAGACCGCUGUCUAGCUUACUAUUAGCUAAUGUAGUUAAAACAUUGAAAAUGGAAAACGUUUGCCUUAAAAGUUUAAUCUUAAAGUUGCAUGAUGUUCAGGCCGUGAAAUUCGGAACGUUCAGGCUGAAGAGUGGAAUAACCUCGCCGAUUUAUUUUGAUUUCAGAGUUAUUGUUUCUUACCCAUCUCUCAUGAACCAGGUGUCAAGUCUUCUUUAUCAACGCGCCAAAGAUGAGGACUUAAAAUACAGCUCUGUGUGUGGUGUCCCAUACACCGCUCUGCCCCUGGCUACAAUCAUCUGCUCCAAACACGAGCUGCCCAUGCUCAUCCGAAGAAAAGAAGCCAAAGACUAUGGAACUAAGAAGAUUAUAGAAGGGACAAUUCACCCUGGAGACACGUGUCUGAUCAUCGAGGAUGUAGUGACCAGCGGCAGCAGCGUCAUAGAGACGGCCCUGGUGCUCCAGGCGGAGGGUUUAAAGGUGACAGACGCCAUCGUGUUGAUGGACAGGGAGCAGGGAGGUGGGGCCAUGCUGGCCAAGAGGGGCAUCACGCUUCACUCCGUCAUCUCCAUCUCCAAACUCCUCAACACCCUGCUUCAGGCGGAUCGCAUUGACUCUUCCACUGCCCAGAGCGUGUGCAGGUUCAUCCAGGAGAACAACACCUACAAGCCCUCUGGUGAGGAGGAGAAGAACGGCUCACCUGCAGCCAAAAAGCCCUGCAAGCCAGCGGAGCUGAGCUAUGGAGACAGGGCCAAGCUCCAGAAUACACACCCUCUGGCCGCCCAGCUCCUCAGACUGAUGGAAGAAAAGAAGACCAACCUGUGUGUGUCAGCAGACAUGACAGCCUGCGAGGAGCUACUGCAGCUGGCUGACUCUCUGGGGCCUCAGAUGUGUGUGUUGAAGACCCACGUGGACAUCCUUCAGGACUUCAGCCCAGCCUUCACCCAGUCCCUCAGGGACCUGGGCCUCAAACACAACUUCCUCAUCUUUGAGGACCGCAAGUUCGCCGACAUCGGAAACACGGUCAAGCACCAGUAUGAAGGUGGGCUCUACCAGAUCUCCUCGUGGUCUCACAUCAUUAAUGCCCAUGCGGUGCCAGGCCCUGGGGUGGUGAAGGGGCUCAGUGCGGUGGGCCGUCCGCUGGACCGUGGCUGUCUCCUCAUAGGUCAGAUGAGCUCCCAGGGUUCCCUAGCAACAGGGGACUACACGCAGGCUGUGGUGAAAAUGGCUGAGGAGUACUCUGAAUUUGUUUUUGGGUUCAUCUCUGGCUCCAAGAUCAGCAGCAAGCCUGAGUUUGUACACAUGACUCCAGGGGUGCAGAUGCAGUCAGGAGGAGAUGGUCUGGGCCAGCAGUACUCCAGUCCUGAUGAUGUGAUAUGUAAAAAAGGCUCUGACAUCAUCAUCGUAGGCCGUGGUAUCCUGGGGGCCUCUGAUAGGGUGAAGGCUGCUGCAGAGUACAGAGAGGCAGGCUGGAACGCCUACACCAAGAGACUCAACACGUCAAGCCAAUGAGACGUCAAAGAUUGGGGCUGCAUCCUAAUUGGCACCUUAUUCUAUAUAUUGUGCACUACUUUUGACCAGGACCCAUUCGUGCACUACUUUUGACCAGAGCCCUAUGGGCCCUAGUCAAAAGUAGUGCACUAUGUAGGGCAUAGGGUGCCAUUUGGGAUGCAAACUAGGAGUAGGCACUUGGGCCAUGUUUAAAAGUAGUACACUAUAUUGGGUGCCAUUUGGGAUGCAGACAAAGAGUAGAGCAGACACCACAUCGCUAAUGUGAAACCAUGAUUAUUCCCUCCAACCAGCUGCUGAGACCUGUUCUUUCUCUUAGCCACAACUAGUUACAAAACUUGCUAAAUCAACUGAACUACGAUGACGCUAAUUUUAGCCUUUGGCAACAGGGACAUGUUUCAGUUUUUUCCCCCUCCAUAGUGUUGUUUUUAUAUGAUAAUCUAAUUAGCAUUUUUCGAAAUGAUUUGUGUUGACCAGUUAUAUGGAAUUGUGAAAUGAAUUCAAUAAAUUCAUUUGCUGUAA